AUGAUAAAUCUCUCUUUUUGCCUCCGUCAUAAGCUGCGUGACGCCGCUGGAAAUACGCACAAUUUUGCGUUUGACAUCAUGACAAAGGUGUACCGGGAGGCGGUGUAUGCCAAGGAUGCACGAUACGCCGGGAACCCCAUGUACCCGGAACGUCAGACAAGCGCAACUGCUGCUGGUAUUGCGCGUUCGCCGCCGGCUUCAGAUUCCACUGUGGCUGAGUUAGGUAAAAUACAAAAAGGGGAUCAAACUGGUGCUUCGACGUCCGCAUCCAGUGAGAGGCCUCGUUCGCAAAGAAGAAGUGGCGUUCAAGUGGAUAUUUUGAACCUUUACCGUGAUAUGCUGAGGGCGUUGCAGCGGUUGGAGGACCCGCGGACAAGAAAAGACCUGCGAAAGUUCAUUCGUAGUGAGUUUGACAGCAAUUGCGAUAUCCCACGCCGGUGUGUUACUCGCAUUGAAUGGCAUUUGCAUCACGGAAAAAACAAACUCGAGGAGCUGCGCACCAUGCGACCUGACACGAAAUUUUUUCUUGUGAAGUAA